UGGUUGCAUCGCUGGUUAUUUUCAUGAUCUUGACUCUUUCUCUCUCUACUGAGUCGUUGCAUUCAGUCACUAUUUUCAUGAUUUUGACUCUCUCUCUCUCUCUCUCUCUCUCUCUCUCUACCGAAUGGUUGCAUCAGGUGCAGGUUUAAACCCGUAAUCCUUGCUUCUUGGAAAGCAGUAUUUUUUAACGCUCUCCGAUUUCGCAUGAAUGUCCUUCACCUCUGAGGUCCUUUCUCUCUCUAGAUCCGUAUAACCAGUCGACAGAGUUGUGGAUUUUGUUUUAGCUUGGUUUUAGCUGAGCGUGAGACUGGGUUAGGGGUUGGCUUUUGUUGGGUUCAAGGCCCAACUGUUUAACUGUUUUUUUGGGGCUGUUUAGCACUGGUAGACAUGUUUCAAUCAUGGGUUUUUCUGCAAAUUUUAUAUGGAUGCGAAUAGCGAUCAGUCAUGGAGUUGAAGAAAGAGAAGCUUGUGAGGUUUUACCCAGAUGGAAACGAUCGAAUAUUACCAUGGGAGUCAGAUGAAUCAUCACUCUUAGGAACAGUUCAUUCUUUCCCAAUUUCCGACCCCAAAUCUUUGGUGAAACCUGAUGGGUUCGGGAGAUUAGCUGCGAAUUCUAAUCUUGGAAGGUCCAAAGCGUUUGUAGAGGACCAUGAGCCAUGGAGAAAACGAAUUCUCGAUCCAGGAAGCGAGAUUGUCCUUCAAUGGAACCGGGUCUUUCUUAUCUCUUGUUUGGUUGCACUCUUUCUCGAUCCAUUAUACUUUUACUUGCCAUCAAUUGGGGAUGCAUCAUGUAUGGAGGUGGGCGUGAAUUUGGGCAUUGUUAUCACAGUAUUUCGUACGGUUGCGGAUAUUUUCUACUUCAUGCACAUGUUCAUAAAAUUCCGGAUAGCUUAUGUGGCUCCGAGUUCUCGAGUUUUUGGAAAGGGGGAACUUGUCAUGGAUCCUAAGAAAAUUGCAGAUAGAUAUUUGAGAUCAGAUUUUUGUAUAGACCUUUUGGCUGCUCUGCCUCUUCCUCAGAUUGUCAUCUGGUUUCUUGUACCGGCUGUUAAACAUUCCAAGGCUAACUCUACCAAUAACGCCCUUACACUUAUUGUUCUCUUCCAGUAUAUCCCCAGAUUAUAUUUGAUUUUCCCACUUAAUGACCAAAUUGUCAAAGCAACUGGUGUUGUCACCAAGACUGCAUGGGCUGGAGCUGCAUAUAAUUUACUUCUCUACAUGCUAGCUAGCCAUGUCUUAGGAGCAGCUUGGUAUCUGGUGGCCAUUGAACGUCUGAACUCAUGCUGGAAGAAAGAGUGUAGGAAUGAACAAACCUGUAUUCUUAAAUUCCUCGACUGUGGUCACGCAGACCGGACAGAGCGCAAGACUUGGGCAAAUACCACACAAGUGUUUAGUAAUUGCAAUGCUACUAAUCCGGGCAUCAGUUUUGACUAUGGCAUUUUCGCAAGUGCUUUCACUAAGGGUGUUGUCUCUUCAAAGUUCCUUGAAAAAUACUUUUAUUGUUUGUGGUGGGGCUUGCAGCAAUUAAGUUCAUAUGGACAAACUUUGAUAACAAGCACAUUUAUUGGGGAGACAGCAUUUGCCAUACUUAUUGCUAUUUUGGGUUUGGUCUUAUUUGCACAUUUGAUUGGCAACAUGCAGACCUAUUUGCAAUCUCUUACUGUGAGGCUUGAAGAGUGGAGACUAAAAAGGAGAGAUACAGAAGAGUGGAUGAGACAUCGGCAACUUCCCCCAGAUUUACAACAAAGAGUCCGGCGCUUUGUCCAAUACAAGUGGCUUGCAACAAGAGGAGUUGACGAGGAAACAAUUUUGCGUGGCCUACCUAAAGAUCUUCAGCGGGAUAUUCAACGACAUUUGUGCUUGGACCUUGUCCUCCGUGUACCUUUCUUCUCUCAAAUGGAUGACCAGCUCCUCGACGCCAUAUGUGAGCGCCUUUUCUCCUCCCUUAGCACUGAGGGCACUUACAUUGUUAAAGAAGGUGAUCCGGUUACCGAAAUGCUCUUUAUCAUUCGUGGGUGCCUAGAGAGCUCAACCACCAAUGGUGGGAGGACUGGUUUCUUCAACUCGACCACUCUUCGACCUGGUGACUUUUGUGGAGAGGAGCUUCUCACUUGGGCGCUUCUUCCGAGAUCAACCCACAACUUACCCUCUUCGACCCGAACUGUAAGAGCCUUAGUUGAAGUGGAGGCCUUUGCCUUAAGGGCUGAGGACCUAAAGUUUGUGGCUAACCAGUUUAGGAGGCUCCAUAGCAAAAAGCUUCAACAGACAUUUAGAUUCUAUUCUCAUCAAUGGAGAACAUGGUCAGCUUGCUUUAUACAGGCAGCUUGGAGAAGAUAUAAGAGGAGGAAGAUCGCUAAGGAGUUGGCCAUGCGAGAGUCUUUCUCCUAUACACCAAAGCCUAGUGGUGAGGGGUCGGUGCCUGAGGGUGGUGGUGAUGAGGACUUAAGUGGGGCUCCCUUUAUGAACCUUGGGGUUACGAUUUUGGCCUCUAGGUUUGCGGCAAACACCAGGAGAGGGGCACAAAAAAUCAAGGAGGCGGACUCAACAGGCUUGAAGCUGCAAAAGCCUGAGGAGCCCGAUUUCUCGACUGAGCCUUAUGAUGAUGACUAGAGAAGUGGGUGUUGUUUCUCUCUAUAGAUAUUGUUGUGGGGUCUUGGAGGUGGGAUGACGAUCAUCGGAAAUAGGGUGCUGUUUAUCUAUGCAAUGGUUUUCUGAAUGUGGGACAAUGGCUGGUGGAAAUGGGUGUUAUUUCUCUUUGUUAUGGGGUUUUGGGGGGUGGGUUGUAUAAGGAGCAUUUAACUUGACUGAGGAAUGGGUGUUGUUUCGUUCUCUAUUUAUCGUUUGGGAGGUGGGUUGGAGAUGCAGUGUUUAACUUGACUAGUAGGGGAAUGAUCUGAUGGGUUUUGGAGUUAAGGAUGACACAGCUGCUGUGCAAUGAAUGUUGGGUGUGAAAUGGGAUUAGCAUGUAGAUUCACAUACAUUUAUAUGUUUGGAGGCUAAAGUUAUGACUGAACGUAAUAGUUGUUUUAUUGGAAAAGUUUAGUGUCUCAGCUCUUGGAGAACAAAGAGAUGUAAGCCCCAAUCUGCCCAAAUGCUCCUCUAUGGUAGUGAUUAAUUGGGGGUGCUGAUAUGUGUAUUGUUCACGCUUUGUGUGAUUCGUUAGAUGAUACUAUGAUAUCAAGGUUAGAGAGCCAUUUUAUAUGGCUGUUAUAACA